AUGGUCAAGUUCACCACCUCUAUUAUUGCCUUGGCUAUGGCUGCCUCCGUGGCAGCCGCACCGGCCCCAACCUCCCAGACGACCUUCUCCUUCGCGCAAUGGGUCGAAGACAUCAUCGCAAACCCCGACACGGCUCUGACCCCCGAGGAGGCAGUUGCGGCGGCUCAAUCGGCCGCCGUUGUCACCUCCGCCGGCGGCCUUAGCAAGAGGGCCUGGUGCCAAGACGCGUUGAAGAGUGCUCCCGCUGGAGAUGCCACGGCUUGCCUGAACGAUCUCGCCAGAAAGGGUGCCCAGGGUAUCACCUGUACCGUCGGCCAGGGCCAGUCCAGCGUCCAAAUGUGCCAGAUCGGAGGCGCAAAGAUUGUCAGCAGCAAGCCCGAUCAGCCGGCACAGGGAGCAAACUGCAACGAUGUCGCCCGUACCGGAGGCCUUAUCUUCGACAGCUGCUACCGUGCUGACAACACCGUAAAGGGCAGCGAUGUCUGCAUUACAAACAACAAAUUCCAGGUCGCGAUUGCCGGAGUCUAA